UUGUGAGUAAUUUGGUAGUAUAGUUUUCUUUUUCAUUGUUUUUAAUGGGGAGCAUCUAAACAAUGAGAGGUAAAUGUUUGACACUUAAACAGGGGUUUGUGCUCUUUAAAACAAAGUAUAUUUGUAAUUGUAAAUUAUAGUUUUUCUGCUGUCUGUUUCAUUGAAAAAAAAAAAAUAAUAAAAAAAAAUCUUUAUAGAAUUAUCAGUAUUCUACAUCCACGUUCUAAGGAUUAACUAGCUUUUAUAUCAUGGAGCACAUUGUCCAUCUAGAAAUCCUACUCUUACUAAGUGUAUUUUUAAUAACUCUACCAAUUAAUUGUAAUACUCUGGUGGGUGGUGUCCGACCGAUUGUGGUGGGCCGGUCUGAGCAAAAAUGCCAGGGCCAUUUUUUUGUCCCAGUCCAGCCCUGCAUGAAGGUGAGUAAUAAAUGACAGAAUUUUCAUUUUUGGGUGAACUAACCCUUUAAGAAAUCCCUCUUGGUUUGAUUCAUUGUCUAAUACAACGACAUUCACACAUGUGUUAGUGUGGCUACAGGUCCAAAUGCUUUCCGGGGCUGCUGUAUGAAAUCAUGAACCCAUUACGGUGGUCUAAAACGGACUAUAACUGCAGCAGAAGUCAAGAUAACUCAGGUCUUACAGGUGAAUCUAGUGAUGUCCAUCUUGCUGUACGUGAUGUUCCUCGCGUACCUCUAUGGUAUCUCAGCCUCUACGAUGGACAAGCAGCGGCCCACGCAGGACCCCAUCAACACGCUCAUCAUAAAGCUCCUGCAGGCUGACAUCAGCCGCAGCCGGCAGAAGCAGGACGAGGGUGCCCUUGACGCGCUUCCUUCCAACACCUUAAACACACCUGCAGUGACCGACUACAAGGAGAAAGUCAGCUCGUCCGCCUACCAGCCCGUGACGGACGUCUCGUCAGAGCUGCUGCGUCAGCACAAGCGUUACAACUCGCCACGCGUGCUCCUGAGCGAGCGACCGCCGCUGCAACCGCCGCCGCUCUACCUGACGAACGACUUCGUCAGUAAUCAGGAGGGCAACAAGACGCGGCAGAAGCGCUACGCCGAGCACAAAAGCUACAGGGCCGAGUACUCGGUGUGCGACAGCAUAAGCCAGUGGGUGACGGACAGGACCACGGCCAUGGACAUUGAGGGAUUACAGGUCACGAUUUUGGGGACCGUCAACACGGGACGCAAGAACAUAAAGCAGUACUUUUACGAGACAAAGUGUGAGACCGCCAAGCACCACAAGAGCGGCUGUAGGGGUAUUGACGGGAAGCAUUGGAACUCGCAGUGCAAAACAUCGCAGUCUUUCGUGCGCGCCCUCACUCAAUAUAAAUCUUUGGUGGGUUGGCGCUGGAUACGGAUAGACACCUCAUGCGUCUGUGCGCUUUCGCGCAAACACCGCAGGACAUGAAAAACACUGCAGCAACCUAACCACUGUCUUUCUAUUGUUCCCUGUAAAUAUAUAAAUAUAAAUUAUUAUUUAAGUUAUAUGGAAUGCAUAUAGUUUAUACAUGUCUAUGUAUAAUGUAUAAAUAUACUUGUUAUUUAUUUAAGUUUGCAAAGAAAAAUCUUUAAAAAAAAAGAGAGAGACUUGACGACAACAUGCAAUGCCGCUAAGCUACAGGAGCAUUGCAUGCUGAAUUGUGCCUUGCUCACGUAGGACACGUCACUCCACUAGACCUGGACCUUGGGAACAGUUGCAAUGGAAAACACAGAUCACUCAAUAUCAUAUUAACUUCAGUAUUGUUCAUGAAAACCAGUUUUUCUACUGAAACAGGCUGCCAGUAUAUCCUCUUCGUGUCUGGGAAAACGAAUCACAGUCAGGAUGUUGUAUGAAAAUAUGUAAACUUACAGUAUAUGUGUAUCAGAACUGCAUGAAAUACCUAAGAAAUAUAUAUUUUUCGAAGCACUCGUAUUGUACACCCUGAAAACAUGAUGUUAGUGGUUUAUAGACUGAUGGAAAAGAAUCAACGCCACUAGCAAAGCAAACCACUGGAAUAUUAGUCACAUUCCUAGCAGAAUAUAUGGACCAAGAAGUAUAUAAAAUAUGGUUUAGUAUUUCUCAAAUUCAAUCUGGGCGGUGUUUUGAUUCUAGAUGGCCUUCUGGAAGUAUUUAGAGAAAAUGUGAAUUUAUCAUUUUAGAAAUUAAAGGGGAAAGUGGGGACGAAAGCAGCCGAGUAUUAAAGGGAUAGUUCACCCUAAAAUGAAUAUUAUGAUUUACUCACCCUCAAGCCAUCCUAGGUGUAUAUGACUUUCUUCUUUCAGACGAACAGAAUCGGGGUUAUAUUAAAAUAUAUCCUGGCUCUUCCCAUGGGGGCCGUGAUAUUUUAAAGCCCAAAAAAGUGCAUCCAUCCAUCGUGAAAGUAAUGCAUAUAGCUCCAGGGGGUUAAUAAAGACCUUCUGAUGUGAAGCGAUGGGUUUUUGUUCUGGCAGAUGGCUGUACGCACCGAUUUACGCAAAAAGAGUAACCUCUGAUGCGACGUAGGAGUAGGAGUAGUGUAAGCUUUGACGUUCAAACAAAUAGGGCUGCGCAACAAA